AUGGCAUCCAGUUUGCCAUCCAUAAUUAGCUCUCCAGUUACCACAGAAGAAGGCAGGCUUCGAAAAUCAUGGUCGAGUAAAGGUUUAACGGGGAAGGCUGGACUACGAAGAACUUAUUCUGACAACAAUCUAUGUUGUCGUGUCAGUCGUAUUCAGGCUUCAAAGGUUGAGCCAAAGUUAAAGAGCAGUAGUAGUUCAACUGGCUUCUUCAAUAUCCAAUUAUCAAGUACCAUGAUCCCCGAUUCACUAAAGUCAUUUUUAUUUGAUCUAGAGUCGAGUAAAGAGAUUAAUAUCGAGAAGAAAUUGGCUGAGAGUGAACAUGAAGAUGAGAUAGAUGUUGAGGAGGUCAAGAAACGAGCAAAUUGGAUUGCAAGACUUAUGGAAAUCCGGAAUAAUUGGAAAGAGAGACAACAAAAGGAAGAUGUUAAUGUUGCUGGGGAAAACAAUGAAGAUUGUGAUGAAGAUGGAGGAUGUGAAGUUGACUAUGAUGAUGAUGAUGCAAAAGGAAAUGUAAUUAAUAUUGACAGUGAAAUAUUUACUUCAUUGUUGGGACAUGUAUCCUGGCCGGAUGCUAAGCAUUUCUCAAAAUUGUCCUUCCUAUGUAACAUGGCCUAUGUAAUCCCAGAUAUCAAGACCAGGGAUCUAAGCAGAUAUUAUGGCCUAGAAUUGGUUACAUCUUCGCUAGAGAAAAAGGCAGAAGCAGAAGUUAUGAAAGUCAAACCUGAGCAGGAUUCCACUAGUGUGCGUGUAGCAAUGCCAGCAGUUAUGGAUUCUAUUUCAGCAAAAACGGAGGAUUUUGAGCGAAAAUGCCAACUUCGGUCAUCUGCUGCCUAUGAAAUUGCUGCAUCAGCAGCUUUUUAUGUCCAAUCCCAAACUAAGGAUAUUGAAGAUGUUCACCAAGAAGAAGAGGAGGAGGAGAGCUCUUCCUCUCGAGUUUACAAGUCAGAAUUGGCUGCAUCUGUAGCAGCAUCAACGAUGACAGCAGUAAUUGCAGCAGACGAGAAGCAAAAACAGGAGGCUGCAAAGGACCUUCAGUCACUUCAUUCCUCACCAUGUGAAUGGUUUGUUUGUGAUGAUUCAAGCAUAUACACUCGCUGUUUUGUUAUCCAGGGUUCAGACUCGGUAGAAUCAUGGCAAGCAAAUCUCUUUUUCGAGCCUACCAAAUUUGAAGAAACAGACGUGCUCGUUCAUAGAGGAAUUUAUGAAGCUGCAAAAGGGAUAUAUGAGCAAUUCAUGCCAGAAAUAAUGCGACAUCUGAACAGAUUUGGCGAUCGAGCCAAACUUCAAUUUACUGGCCAUUCUCUAGGGGGCAGUCUUGCUCUUCUAGUCAACUUAAUGCUACUAAAAAGGAAGGUAAUCAAGCCAUCUGCUCUUCUUCCAGUGGUCACUUUCGGAUCGCCGUUUGUCUUCUGUGGUGGCCAAAAAAUCCUCGAUGAGUUGGGGUUGGAUGAGAACCAUAUUCAUUGUGUGAUGAUGCAUAGAGAUAUCGUCCCAAGAGCAUUCUCCUGCAACUACCCCAACUACAUCGCCCAACUCCUCAAUCGUUUGAGCAGAACCUUUCGGGCCCACACUUGUCUAAAUAAGAAUAAAUUAUUAUACUCUCCCAUGGGGAAAAUUUUUAUCCUCCAGCCUGAUGAGAAGUCAUCUCCACCUCAUCCUUUACUUCCUUCCGGCAGUGCCCUAUAUUCAUUGGAUUCUACCAAAUGUUCCCUUGCAAAGAGUGCUUUUAGAGCCUUCUUAAAUUCUCCCCAUCCCCUCGAAACUCUAAGUAACCCCACAGCAUAUGGUUCUGAGGGUACAAUCAUUAGGGACCACGAUUCGAGCAACUACCUGAAGGCGAUGAAUGAAGUUAUAAGACAACACACAAGGCAGGUCGACAGGAAAGUAAGUAAACAGACAAACCAAUUGUGGCCCCUGUUAACAUCCCAAUCACCACAUAUGUGGAGCCACAAAAGCAAUAUUGGAGACAUGACGGUGACAGAGGAAAUAUUUUCUGGUGUCUAA